AUGUCUACUCCAGCAGCUGCAACAACAAUCGGCACACCAAGGUCGCAUCCUUCGCCUACACCUCAUGUCCAGGCUUCUCCUCAAAUGCAAACUGUUAGUCAUAUCCGAAAGGAAGUGGCAUGUCUGUUUGUCGUAGAAGGAACAGCACGAAUGCAACCACAUCUCGACGUGAUUAUCAAUGCCUACGUUGAUCCGAUCCUCAAGCAGCUACGCUCCUCAACAGAAGGGGACGAGCGACACCCAAAGACCAAAGUAACCCCUAUCCUCAAAUAUGGCAUGGUCAUCUUUGGUGAUUACGAGCCUGGAUCGAUGGUGACAGUGGAUCGCAAAUACUUUACAUCGGAUCUAUCGCUAUUCCAAGAGAUCUUUAGGAGCAUUUCUUGUGUGGAUGGCGGUAUUGUAAGGAACGCAACAAGUGAAGGAUUGGUCGCUGCUCUCGAGAUGUUUGAUGAAUAUCGCACUGAAUUGGAUGGAAUGGUCGGCGAACCUACGUUGCACUGCAUUUUGAUUUCCAACAGCUUGCCGCAUCAAAUAGGCACUCGACAAAAUUUGGAUGACAAGUAUAGCAAUUAUACGCUUGAGAACAUUGUACAAGACAUGCGCAAGCAUGAUAUCCAUUUAUCAUUGAUCACACCAUCCAAAGGCUAUGCCGAUUAUGAAAGAAUCGUCAACGAGGUCAACGACAAAAAGAUAGAGCUGCAUACGGUGGCCAAUACUGUUUCCCCAUCGCAUACGGUGAAGCUUGCUGGAUUCAAGUUGCCUGAAAAGCCUGCACAGCAACCAACACCAGAGAUCAGCAAACAAGAAACGCCCAAAGCAACGCCUGCUCAAGGAAUGACAACACCUAAACGACUAUCAGAAGCGAUUACUUCACCGCAAUCAGUAUCAUCGACAGAAUCAGCAAAAAAGAGAAAGCGAGAGAAUGUGCCUGGGCAAAUCAAUCUACCAAAAGCUACUGUGGAUCCUGCCAAAUUUGCACAGUUGGCCCAAAAGCAGUUGAAUGUGGCAAAUGCAGCUGCAUCGGCUCCACCAAGCACUGCUGCAACAGCAGCACCAGUAUCGGCUCCAACAAUGGCACAGCAACGACCACCUGCACCACCUACACAACAACAGCAGCAGCAGCAGCCACAGACUACGCCUUCUCAGCAACCACAACCAGUGCAACAAGUUCCUCAAGCACAACCAAUGCCUACUCAACAACCGGCACCUCCACAACAACCACCACAGCCACAACCACAACCUCAACAAACACCACAGCAGACGCCUCAACAAAUAAUGCAUCAACAGCAGCCUGCACAGAUGGCCAAGGGAGGUACACCACCACGACCUAUGCCAACACCUGCACAAAUUCAACAACUCAUACAACAACGCAAAUUGUUAAUGGCACAACCUCAAAGGACGGCACAGCAGCAACAACAAUUAAUGGCUAUCAAUGCAGCAUUACAAAAGUUUGCAGCAAUGAAAAGCAGCGAACAACAACAACAACAACAACAGCAACAAAACAUACCAAUGUCAGGAUCUGGUCCCAUGGCAACCAAUGCGACAUCAUCACCCAUGGCAUUUGGUGGCACCCAAGUACGACCUCCCAAUGUAUCUGACGUCUCCAAUACCCCGCAACAAGCACAGGCUGAUAUACAACAAAGGAAUAUCAACACAUCCAAUCCUGCUCAAAUGCAAAACAUGCUCACUCCACAACAACGCAUGAUGCUAGCUCAACAAUUCAGUAUGCAACAACAGCAACAGCAACAAAAGCAAUCACAACAACAGUCUCCUCAACGACCUGCCAUGGUAGGUGGAGCUGAUAGCAGCAAUCCUUCACAACAACAAAUGAUGCAAGCACAAAUGGUUCAACAACAACAACAACAACAGCAACAGCCUGUUCAAAACGUGCCUAUUUGGACUGGUCAAAUUGUAUGGCAUAUCAAGCAAAUGGAUAACUCUUUUCAAGAAUUCACUUGCUUUUGUGGUGCAUUUGCUAUGAUCAAGAAAGGAACCACCAUCAGCCGAGAGGAUUAUUAUCCUGAGAUGUGGCCACAGCGUAUCACCAUCGCAGGACGAGCAUCAAAUGCUGUAGCCAAUGCAAUGCUGAAUAUGAAGGUGAAUGAGCAUCAAUUGCCAUAUUGCAUUUUUCGACCACUCGACACCAGCACAGCACAAGACCACAACAACUUUAACCUCUUAAUAAAGAACCUGGAUCAAAAGAAAUCGCUUGCUAGAGCUGUAUUCUCUACCAACACCAAUGAACCACAGCAUGGAUUGAUCCUUACAGCAUAUGGUCCUCGUCUUGCGGGUGUUCUUUUUGCACGCGUCCCAUUGCCAGACUUUAACAAUUUAUCGCACCCAGCUGCAGCUGCAGCAGCAAUGGCUGCCCAGCAACAACAGCAGCAACAACGACUGCAACAACAACAACAACAACAGCAGCAGCAGCAGCAACCUCAAAGUAAUCCUGGAAUGACGCCAAAUGCUCCUACUAGCAAUGUACCUAUGACCCUUAUGGGAUUGUCGAUGGCGAAUAUGAAUCCUAAUAUGAUGAAUAACGCUGCUAUAUUGCAAGCCAUCCAACGCCAACAACAGCAACAACAACAACAACAGCAACAACAACAACAACAGCAACAACAACAACAACAGCAGCAGCAGUCUCAGCCUCAACAAUCUCAACCACAGCAAUCUCAACAGCAACAAAAUCAACAAGGCAUGAUGAAUUCGGCAGCGAUGGGAAGUCCUGUCAAUGCAAUGAAUGGUAUACGACCAGGUUUAACACAGCAGAGUUUGUUGAUGUCGAACCUUAAUUUACAAAAUGCAGGCAUGGGAGGAAACAAUGGAUUACCUGCCGGGUUACAAAUGAAUGCAAGCCUUGCCAAUCUAACACCACAAGCACUUCGAGAUUUACAGCAACGUAUGCUUCUGCAGCGACAACAGCUACAACAGCAGCAGCAGCAUCAACAACAACAACAUCAGGCACCUUCCAAUGAUCCUCCACAAAUGUAA